UGUGACACAAUAUUGUCAUUACCCUGUGGGGUGGUACAUGAAUAAACAAUUUCGAUGUAAAUUUUGGGAUAAUCUACAAAAUUUCAAUGAUUCCCUAUAAAAAAUAUCAGAAAACAUAUUAGAAAUAGUUACAUAAAUUGACGAGUACCUGUUUCCCAUUUGUUCAGUGUUGUAAUUAAGAAGAAUGGAUAGAUUAAGUUUGAAAGAUAUGUGUCCCCCGGGAAGGCAGGCUUUAGUUUGUUUUUUCCUUUCGGCUUUAGUAUUUACGCUAUCGUUUUUCUCGGGGAGUGUGUUAGGAUUCUCUUCAGAACUCUGGGCCUUAACGUAUUGGGGUCCUGCGUUGUAUUUCUGCCUGUUCAAUUUCAUAUUACGUUAUUGUUAUAAAGGGUUUAUGUAUGAGGUGUCAAUUAGAUCAGCAUUCCUUGGAGCCACCUUCUCCAUGGGAGUAUUCCUUUCAACCUUUGAGAACGGCUGGAGGGCCUUCGGGCUCUAUGCCAUGAUACUUUCAAUGUUUCACUUCUCGGAGUUCAUGUCUGUAGCUCUGACAAACCCUCGGACUUUGUCCGUGGACUCAUUUAUAUUGAAUCACAGUAUCCAGUAUGGGCUAGCUGCCGUGGCUAGCUGGAUAGAGUGGGCUAUAGAAUACUACUUCUUCCCUAAUAUGAAGACCUACUUCUGGAUCUCCUUUGUGGGUGUUGUCAUGUGCAUAACAGGGGAACUACUUAGAAAGUCAGCCAUGUUUACAGCCAAGACUAACUUUAAUCACACUGUGCAGUAUGUAAAGCGGCCCGACCACCAGCUGGUGACGCACGGGGUGUACUCCCUGUGCCGACACCCCAGCUACGUGGGCUGGUUCUACUGGUCUAUUGGGACACAGAUCACCCUCCUAAACCCUAUCUGCUUGAUAAUCUACACGCUGGCGUCGUGGACGUUCUUCCGCGAGCGCGUGUACGCGGAGGAGCUGACUCUGCUGACGUUCUUCGGUCCUCAGUACCAGGACUACCAGCAGAAGGUCGGCACCGGCCUGCCCUACAUCGCCGGGUACAUUCCUGAGAACACCAGCCAGGAGGUCAAAGAUGAACAUUGGAGUUACUAAGGAGAAAAUACUGAGGAAAUGGAAGCAGAGGGCUCAAGUCAAAGAUAUCUAGUCUAAAAAACGCAAUAGAAAUGACAUUCUAUUUUUAACCUAAUCACAUUUACCUCUAGGUAUGUAGCUUUGAUUUUUGUCAGUAAUUGGUGACCGACGUUUAAAGAUAAACCUUUAAAGGUAACCAAGCGUAAAUAUUGAGUAGUCAAUUAAUAAAGUAUGUUACCAAGAUGUGGUUAGGUCAUAAACGUAUUAAAAUUCGCGAGAACACUUUCAUACAGUUAUACCACCUCAGUAAGUUGCGAGGUUUGCCUUCGAGACCAAUUUUGUUUAGCUCGUCUCAAUGAGAAUCUUCUUAUUUUCACUAAAAUGCCGUAAGCUCGUGUUGUGAAUUCCACCAAAACGCGAUGAUGACCUUUCAACCUUUGAGUAUAGCUGGGCCUUCGUAUUAGAUCGGCUUUUCCCGCGCAGACGAAUGUUACCGAUGUAACUUAUAUUCGUAGUUUGGUGGUUUUACUGUAAGCCUUAACUUAGAAAGAUACAUUUUUGAUGCACAAUUUGAACUUAUUCGAAUUUUAUACGAGAUGUACUUACUGAUAUAAAAAAUACUGUUGUAAGUUAUAUGCACUUUGACCUUUGUUUACUAAAUCGUAACGUAAAUAGAUUUAUAAUGAGAAGAACUAAAUUACUUUUACUAUUGAUAUUUUUUAUAGGCAAAGAAAUUUUUGUUGACAAAAAAGUCAGUGUUUAGUUUACAUAAGUAAUUUAAGACACUAACUUUAUAUAUUUAUAUAAACUAACCAUUCUGAACAAAAUCUUGCAUUUAGGUACUUAUAAAUUAAUGCUGUGUUUGGAACAAAUGUAAGAUAAAUGCUCGAGAAAAUAAUUUAAAAAGUUCUCAUUUUUUAAAUAUAUCCCAUUUUUAACUAAUGUAAUGAUAAACAUCCGAAAAAAAAACGAAAAAUAUAUAAAAAAGCGAAAACAAAUUGCAAAUUCAAAUAAGAUCUAAGAUUGAUAUAAUUUUAUUGAUAUUGAUAACCAGUAAAUUUAAUAUUAUUUUUCCUAUUUUUAUGAGGUACACAAUGUUCUGUCUUGUCUCAGUUUAUUUUCCUUUUACACUCUCAAACAAUUCGAAAGUAUGCCUAAAAUACCGAUCUAAAAAAAAUACGUACAAAAGAUAGUAACAAUUUCCUUUCUUAACAGUACGGUGCAGGUGUUCUAACUUACUAAUUAAAUUAUUCUAAAACAUAAAGACCAUUGCGUACCAACAUAGAAAUCAUUUUUUUUCAUAAAUUGUGAUUUGUAAUAAAUGCUUGUGUGUAAAGGUUGUGAAUGAGUGGAAGAAUGUUAAAUCAAAUAAAUAUUUUUCAUUAUUGA